AUGGGUCAUAACCCAUUGGGCCCUGAACACCAUUUCCCUGAAGCUCAAGACAUGGAAAUGGAUGAUGACCAGGAUCCCGCCGAACCACCAUCUGGGACACCUACUCACCCCAUCGAGAUUUCGGAUGGGUCGUCUUUUCAUGGAUCACAUUACCGCGGUCCAGACAGCUACGAGGCAAGAUUUGCCCAAUACGACUGGGUGUUUACUCCCUCCUACCACUCAGCACCUCAGCAGCAGCAGCAGGAUCCCUCUGAGGAUUCACGUUUUGUAGCGGUCACUCCACCGCCACCGCCGCCCGUUCAGCAGCCUUCUCCGGAGCCACCGAGAGGGAGAAGAUCAAACGCACGGAUGUCCAUGCGAGGGGGAGUCCGUAUCAGCACCCCUCAACCUUCGAGUGGCAGUCAUUACCCGCCACUAUAUGAAGACCCACAGAUGGGUUGGCCUUCAAACCCCGUUUCUGAGGUGGACUCUGCGCCAGUCGCGCGGCCACCAAUGGGUUAUGAUAACCCAAUUCCUUCAUACGCCGGUGCAGCGGCGUAUAACCCUUUUGAGGAGCCAACCCAUACCAACUACAACUACAACUACGCCGAAGCUGACCCAUACCUUGUAGCAGCGAACUACAAUGCUCUUCAUCCCGAGGGGCCCUAUGGAGCUCCCUGGGGGAUUGGAUACCCAGCUUAUGGGUACCAGCACCCGCCACCUCCUCAACCUCCACAUCAGCAGCCGCCGCAACCGCCAUUGAUACCGCCAACGCAACAACUGGAGAUUCUCCAAAGGUUGAGCCAGGUGGAGCGGGAGGUUCAAGAAGAACGUAGGAACAACCGAGGAUUUCUCAAAGGUCUGACGAGUUUAAUCAAGGGAAAGAAGAAGAGGGAUUUUUGA